CCUGGUCUUGCUGCUCAGAAGGUGUGUUAUCAUCAGCAAAGGCAGCGACUCAUUUAUUGACAGUUCCUCUUUCUACUGCAGCGUUCCACAGUUCGAUAGUCGCAUCUCCUUUCUGCUCUUCGCAGCAGCUUAUCUCGGAAGGGAGACAGCGGAACGCUUGCUGUAGGAUUUACCAUUAAGCUCCCUCCAUCCAUUCUAUCAAGUCUAGUAAUGAACAUUGCAACCAAUCUGGACUAACACGCAGACCGAUAGUGAAUGGAGUGUGAAGAUUUGAGGAGGGAUUUCUCUGAUGGUAUAUUUCACUGUCGUCGUCAGCUUAGAGCACACCGUUAUGAAGGCACUGCCAACAAUGGGAACAAAGAAGAUUUUGGAUCAAAUGGACAGAUGCAUUUCAUAAGUCUUUGCUAAAAGUGCAACACAUUGACAUCAACGCGGGUCCCCGGGAUGGCUAUACAAGUGGAUGUGAAGGACCCCAUAUCAUAUUGAGGACUACAACGUUGUUGCUCUCAAGUGGUAAACAAGAUCUUUCACCAUGGCAACCACUGGUACCCCCAACAUGACCGCCAACACCACGGCAGUGAUGGCGACCACGACGUUAGCUGUGUCUGUGCCAAACAAAGACGAUGCUUCCGAGUUCGCAACUUCUCAAGCCACUUUAAUCAUCGUCAUCAUCAUGUUAACACUAUUCACAGUGUUCGGAGUCAUUGGCAAUGCGCUGGCGUUUUAUAUUUACUCUAAGAAACGGGACAAAACGACAUCCAACGUGUUCAUUCUGGCGUUAGCUGCAACAGACUUCGUCGUCUGUUUGGUGGUGGUACCAUACACAAUUGUCGCUGAAUUGGUGGAAUACGAAUUCAUAUACGACAUUCCGUGUAAGCUGUAUAUGUUUUGCAUAACAUCCAACGUUCCAUUGUCGGCGUUCAUUAUGACGGCAAUCGCCUUUGACCGCUACUGCUGCAUCUGCCAUCCGUUCUUGCACGUGCUGACCGUGCAACGUGCAAAACUCGCCUGCGUGGCGCUGACAAUUCUAAGUUUUCUGUUGGGCGUCAUUACUGCUUUGAAUUUUGGAGUCUACCAAAUCCAACAGUUUGGAGUUCCCCCUGAAGCGGCAGGCAAUGGAACAAGCUUUAACGAAACAUUAAAUGAAACAGCCGUCUCAAGCCAGACGUAUUACGACGUGAUGAACGUCUCUCUCAACUAUGACGUUACAAACAAUACUGGAUACCAACAAUCCAAUCAGACCGGGGAGGUUGAGACGCGGAUAGUUUACAUUGGCGUGUGUGUACCUGGCGCUAUAUUGCUUAGCAUCAGUUUCACCCAGAUUUACCAGAAGCUGUAUGCUGGAUCCUUUCUACUUUGUUUGGUAGCAGUGGCUAUCCUGUAUGCGCUUAUCUAUAGGUCAAUCUUAGUAAGAAGGCGCUGGAGAUCGAAGAGGAAGAGGAUGAGCUGCUACACCAGCGUGAACGGCGUGGAGACGGCAGCAGAGGAGACUCAGUUGACGGCCAUCAAUGGAAACAACAUUGUAACUGAUGAAAAGAAGUCCAAACGUCCCUUCCAGAGCCGCCAAGCGGCCAUAAGGGAGAAAACUCUGUAUGCCAAUAUUAAGACCGCCGCUAUGUUGUUUGUGGUAACCGUUGUAUUUAUUAUUUCUUUCCUUCCGUCAUGGCUGAUGGGACUUCAGAGUAUACCGUUCAACGUCAUCGUGUACAACCUGUACUUUUUAAACAACGUCGCUAACCCAAUAAUCUAUGCCUUCAUGAACAGAGCAUUCAGAGACGACUUGAGGGCGUUGAUAAGAGGAUGUAAAUAGAUUCAUGGUCCAAACACUGUGCUCAACACACAUACGAAUCUUCAUUAUAUCUGACUCUCGCAGUGGUGUGUGGUUUUCUGUUAUGUUUGCGUUACUGACGAUGUAGCGUUUCAACUUCGCUCAGAUCUGGAUCCACGGCGCAGUUGUAUGAGUACAAUUGUAUCAGGGAAGUACAGGGGGGACAGUUGUAUUUUAUGACAUGCGAAAAGAGUUCGAUCCUGAAUAUUAUUUUUUUCAUAGAGACUAGGCAUUUGCAUAUGUACAUACAAAGCUUUUCUAUAAUAAAAUCAAUACAUUUAUUGUACAUAAGUCAUUAAGCCUGCUAUUAUCUUGUAUCACCGAUUUCAAUCGGUGUUACAAAUGAAUUGACUAAACAUGAUUGUAUAAACCAUAGAAUCAUUGCCACAACUUUUUGUCUCAAGUAGCAUCACUUUUACUUGUAGUAUAUUUCAUUACUAGGGACAUUUCUAUUGUUUCAUAUCUAUAUUUUCCAAAUAAUGUUAUUACAAAAAAUGGAAUUGUCACUAAAUCUAACAUCACAUAGCCAGUAUUUGACCCCUACCCUGGCUAUGCCUGGUGUUCUGUUUAGUGUCAUUCCGACCAUUGUAAAUACCGUGAAAUGAAAAUGCAUUCAGGGUGUGUAAUAUUAUUGAAAACGAUAUGUUAUUAGUGUCGUUUUAGACUCCUGUUUGUUUGUUUUUCAGUUGUAUAUCUAUUUAUUUAUCCGAUCAGGUGUGCAAAUCACUGCAAUAAUUUUAGUUUUAUUCUUUAUACUUGAGUUGUGAUAGUGCCACAAUAUCACAACUGUGUUUUUCGAAUUGAAUAUACACAUUAUCCCAUACUUGUUUCAUAUUUACGAAUUAUAUUUCCUUAGAAUUAUGAAAUCACAGAUGAACUGUUCUGCUCUGUUAUGUAUAUUUUGAUAUUUGAAUGUACAUUUACAAAUUGUAAAUAAUUAGAAAAAAUAUAAGUAUGGAUUAUAAGAUAAUACCGUUAUCUAGUGUUUCUGUGAUCAUUAAUGUACAUUUCUUUAAUAUCACAGCUGAUCAUACGUGACGCGCACUGUUUAUCUUGUUUCAAACACGGUGUUCGACAUUUAAAGUAUGCUGUGGAGUAUCAGCCAAUAUGCAAAGAAUUUUAAUUUGGGGCCAUAAACCAUUGAUUUUCCUUGAUAUGAAGAAUUAACCGCUACAUGAAAUCUCAACUUCACUGUACUGGAGCGUGGUGCACUCAGACUAAAUUUGGAUCCAAUUAUCAGUUUGUCUCAGCUGAAAUAACUGCAUAUCUAUUUGAUGGGCAGUAAAUGGAAUUAAGCAAUAAAAACAACAUCAAAUUUGCACUGAAUGUCAACGUGACGUCUGAUAUCGUUUAAUCAUUUGAUUUACUCUCCGUUUGCGCAACGUCUUACUCAUUGCUACUGAUGUCACAAGUUCCGACGCCCAUAAAAUCCUUCCCAACUAUGAGUCCGUUACUUGUAUUAAUGUACAUAUAUUACACUAUAAUGACACUCCCGUUGAUUUAUACAUUCUCUAAUAGCCGUUAAUGAAUAAAAACGUUCUUUAUCAAAACGGUUUAGCUUGAUAUACUUUUCUAAUAUAGACAAAGUAAUUUUCGCAGAGAGGUGUCUGCACAUAAAUUCAUUACAGAAGUCUUUAUUCAAACAUUUGCCUCAUACAGUGUGUAAAUUACUCAUGCCAUUAAGCCUCCAAUGUGCUCAAAGGGAUUAGUCUUACAGCUAUCAUCAACUUACAGACGUCCAUUAGUCAACAUUUAACACACCGAGAGAAAGUAAUGUGUGCUAUAUAUUUUAUAUGCUGCUGAAUAUACCCUAAAUGAACAUCGUAUCUUUGAUAGUGCGUGUAUGCUCCUGGAUUAUGACCAUGUGAGUCUCUAUAAUCAAUUUUGUGAUGUACGUUUGCCAAUGUUGAGACGUGCGCCAUGAUGUUAUGAUGUAUAAGUGUGCAUCAUAUGGUGUUCAGAUUCUGGCUAAUCUUCGCACUGCUGUUAAUGUCCACGAAGAAGCUGAUACGACGAGGUUUUGUCCUUGAUUUUCAGCUGAUGAGGUAAAACUAAUCAGAGACGCGUUCUUGUAAGUCAAUCCUUAAGCAAAAUAAGUUACGAUGGGUUGUAUUAUUAGACUGCUUUGUAGUUCGACAACGUGACAUGGUUCUUCCAAAAUAGAAGACAAGAACGAAAUCCGAUUAUAAUCAGAAGGUUACACUGCGUACCAAUUUCAUUCAAGAGCAUGCUCUGUUUGUCCUUUGUGUUGAUUGGUCGAUUCGGCUUUGAAAUCAUUACAGGAACUGUAUUUGAAGAAAACAACUGAAACAUGCAGCCUGGAAUAAUAAAAUGAAUUCAAAUUAUCUCGACUUUAUUUUAACGGGAUGAACUAUUUAAGUGCAUGAUUAAUAACAUACGUGAUUGAUAACAUGGUGUCUGCUGUCCCAACUGUUCGAGGGUAAGAUAACGACAAUCAUUUUUUAGCUUUGAAUAUUUUGAAAUAUACUACUCCCAUUUGUUAGGGAUAUUUUUUAUCUUUUCAUGAUACACAAAGCUGAUAAUAUGUCAAGUGCAUAUUUAAAUAGAAUGACAUAUCUGACUAUCCCUAUAAAAUAUGAGUUGUAUAGUAUACGUCUAUGGUACAUAGACAUGACAUUUUAAUACCAAACAUAGGCAAGCACAAGGCAAUAUUUUCACAUGUAUUAAUAUUUUGGAAAAUUUAAAGCUAACUCUAGACUUCGUUGAGUGAGAAGCAAAAUAAUUAGUUUGUUAUUUCAUUGUUUACAAGAAACAGUGCAUCACGUGUUAUUCAGAUUUUGUGGCCUGUGUUUUAGUCAAAGUUUGUUUGUUUGUUGUUCAACGCCGCACUCAGCAAUAUUCCAGCUACAUGACGGCAGUUUUAGUCAAAGUGUCUCUACUUCAUGACAGAUGUGGGGGCUUCAGCAAUACUUAGCCGUGUCAUGAAGACAUCUGCAGUGUCUCUCUAGGACCUAGAACCAUACGUCCGUGGCUCCAAUUAUAGGAAUCAUCCGUUGAUAAUGUAACACACUGAGUGCUUUACUCGUUGGAAACCUUUGAGGAAGUCAUUCAUUGGUAUGGUUAGCCUCUGAUUAUUGGACGCCAACGCGACCGGGUCAUUUGCAAAUGCCAAUGGUAUGAAACCGGUGAAAUGUAAGAGACUGUCGCGGGUUCUCUGAUUGCGUAGGAAAUGGGUCUAAUUGUGAGAUAGCGCGCCACACCAGCAAAGUAAUUCAAUUACAAUAGCAAGGAAUUCGUAAAUGUUUGUCUGCAAUUGUUAUCAAAUUAAGUUUUAAGAUUUAGCCAGCAUUUAUAUUAUGUUACCUAAUAUAUCAACGUAAUCGGAGCGAAAUUGUUCCCAAAAAUCUCAAGUUCUACAUGAUCUCAUUCCUAUUCAACACUGUAGCACUGGAAGAUGAAUAGCCAACUCGAUUUACCAGUAAUUAAUGAAAACUAAAAAAGUAGCUAAACACAAUCAUGUCGAAAGUCCAUAAAAUAUAUCUUCAUUGAAACGGACUUACAGGUUAGAAACAUAUACACAAUUAUUACUUAAUUAUAUAUCUAAAAUCAGUUAUUAACAAUGAACGCUGAAUUCGCAUUGAGCGUUGUAUUUAAAAACAUGUUUUUAAUCUUAGAUAUACACUCUAAUUGCUAUGGAAUGAAUAUAUUUUUGGAACAUAGUUAUGAUUGGGCUAACACACGUUUCAGUGUGGUCGCAUAUGGGGAAUAUGUACGUUCGCUGAAUCAGAACAAAUUAGUGUCAGAAUCGAUUCUAGACUUGUAAUUUCGAGUUUAAAUGUAAUUCAUUGUUACUAUGGCAACUGGGUUUGAUCUGUCAGAAACAAGUGACAAACAUGUUUAGUUAAUGUAGCAAAUUGAUGAAUGUUACGAGAUCUUGGUUAAACGGUGUAUACUUGGCCAAUGUUUCACAAAGCAAUUUUAUGAGGGAGAUGGCAGUAAAGCUAAUUUUGAAUUACAAACAAAGAAUGCGGUAAUAUUAAAGCACUUUCUUGUCAUGAAGGUCAAAUCAACGUUUCCCCGUGAGUGAGUGAAUGCUGUUUUACACCGCAUCGAUCCACGCAUUCACUGCACGAUGACGCAAAAUCACCAGCCUUUCAAAGACUGACCAUCGUUAUUUGUUAUAAUCUACUGUCACCACUGUGACUGAGAAAAACUCCGGAACCACCAAAAUGUUUAAAAAAGUAAGUACUGAAUAAAGAAAACCUCUAUGUAUUAAAAUGAUCGGUAACAAAAUUACAUUCUGCAAGCGAGCAUUGACCGUUAAACUGUUUUUUAUUAUGUUAAGCGAGCAUUACUUCGUCCCAUCACACAGUAGCUUUUGGGAAUGUUUAUUCGUGGAGGCUUGUGUGUGACAAUAUUAACUGCACGUCUGUCAAUGUUUUUGUUGCCUGUAAUGUAUUGUGUAUGCGCGUUUACCGGACACAAAUUGUGAUUUGCUACAACACUUGAAUAAAUCUUGUUGAUUUAUAAA